AUGGAAAAAGAAUUGGGCCUGAUUCUGUUUCUGGUGCUGCUUCUCUGUCACAAGGGCAACACAGAGUCUCAAACCUCUUGUCCAUACAAAUGCCAUUGUUUCACUCCAGUCCAAGUACUGUGUGCUGAUGAACGCAUGGCAUCUUUACCCAGGAACAUGUCCAGUCAGGUCAAGGACUUCAUUAUAAUGACAUCAUCUCUGAUGUACCUGUUCCCCCAUACUUUAAAGGAGAGCCCUCAACUUACCAAGCUUAUCUUCCUAAAUAAUGCACUGCAAAGUAUCAACUCUCAGGCUUUUGAACAUCUGGCUGAGCUGCAGGAGCUGGAAAUCAGUGGGAACCCCUGGCUGGAGCAUUUAUUUAUGGGGACUUUUUCAAAGCAGGGAAACUUGACUAAAUUGCUUCUGAACUUCAACAGGCUCAAGACUGUGCUUCCUGGCAUGUUUGACUCUCUUAAACAGCUAGAAACUCUGCAGAUGAAGGGCAACAUCAUAUCAGAUCUCCCUACAUUUCUAUUCCUGAACCUCCACAGUCUGCGUGUCUUGGAUUUGUCCCAAAAUAAGCUUGAAGGAGUUAAAAAGGAGAUGUUUUCUGGUCUGGCAAGACUGGAGGUCCUGAAAAUGAACUAUAACCUCAUCAGCAAUCUUGCAUCUGACACGUUCCACAAUAUUUCUCAGCUGACAGAGCUUCACUUGGAGGGGAAUAAGAUAUCAGAGCUCGCUGACAAUAUCUUCUUUGUGUUAACCAAACUGAAGGUGCUGAACCUCCGAGGGAACCUUCUUACAACUUUCAGUAAUAAAGUGUUUGGAUUCAAGGCCACAAAUUUGAAGGAGCUGAACCUAAAAGGCAACAGACUAACUGAGCUGACCUCUCUAAGCAGUUUCACAUCUCUUACUGACCUUAUCUUGUCCUCUAACCAGCUCUCCACCCUUCCUGAAGACAUUUUCAGAAAUGUUACAGCCCUGGAGAAUCUGGACCUGUCUGAAAACCAGCUCACCUUGCUGCCCGAAAGGAUCUUUAAUGAUCUAUUUAUCAUCAAGGCAAUCCACCUUCAGAAGAACAACCUGAGCAUGGUGGAUGCCAAACUUUUUGAGGACCAGGACUUCAUUCAGCAGCUCUACCUGUCUGACAACCAGCUGGAAACUCUCCCACCGGGCCUUUUAGACUCUUUUGUCAUCCAGCACACAGUAAGACUGCAUGGAAACCCCUGGAAAUGUGACUGCCAUAUGUGGUAUCUGCAUGACUGGGUGCUGAGAAACAGCCAAGACAUAGAGAUGCUUGACAGGAUGCUCUGCAAGAGCCCCGGCUUUCUGAGAGGACGGCCAGUCAUCUCCGUCGACAGGGACCAACUGGUGUGUCGUUUGUCUAAAGAUAAGAUGCAUGAUCUCAGCAGCUGUAGCCUGCAAGCUUCCAGAGACACUGUGACCAUCAAUUGUAAUGUGGACCAGUGUUCUCCACUGACAGUGAAGGUACAGUUUCAGGGUGAUGACGGCAGUAUUAAGGAGCAUAUUUUGAAAAAUGAGCUUGAACAUUUUCAAUGUAGCAAUGAGGCAACAACCGAGAGUCCCAUUGAGUAG